GGACACCUCGAGCUCGCGGUUUCAAGAAUUCUUCAAUGGAUACACCUCGAGGUUUCAAUCUUCUUCAUCUAUUGUCCCAUUCUUUACUUCUACUCCCACUCCUCACAAAUUCAAAAACGCCGCCAAUCCAAGACGAAAAAUCCAAAAUCAUCUCAAGAUUCCAACAAUACCUCCAAAUCAACACUUCCCAACCAUCCCCGGACUACCAAAAAUCAACCCAAUUCCUCUUAGCCCAAGCCAAUUCCAUUUCCCUAGAAUCCCAAGUCCUCGAAUUUGUCAAAGGCAAGCCAAUCGUUCUCCUCAAAUGGCCAGGCUCAGACCCUUCUCUUCCCUCUAUCCUCCUCAACUCUCACACCGACGUUGUCCCCUCUGAAAGUUCAAAGUGGGUUUAUCCUCCUUUCGGUGCCCACAUCGAUGAAGAAGGCAAUAUCUUUGCUCGAGGCUCCCAGGAUAUGAAAUGCGUCGGGAUGCAGUAUAUAGAGGCUGUUCGUAAGUUGAACAUUUCUGGGUUUCGCCCAAAACGAUCUCUUUACUUGUCGUUUGUUCCCGAUGAGGAGAUUGGUGGCCUUGCUGGUGCUCAGAAGCUUGCUUCCUCUGAUGUAUUCAAGGAUAUGAAUGUCGGUAUAGCGCUUGAUGAAGGGUUGGCUUCCCCUAAUGAGAAUUAUAGGCUAUUCUAUGGGGAGAGGGCUCCAUGGAUGCUGGUGAUAAAGUCGACUGGAGCACCCGGACAUGGAGCCAAGCUUUAUGAGGAUAGUGCCAUGGAGAACCUUUUUAAGAGCAUUGAGAGUAUCAGGAGAUUCCGGGCUUCACAGUUCGAUUUGGUGAAGACAGGUUUGAAGGCGGAAGGCGAAGUUAUCUCGGUUAAUAUGGCCUUUCUGAAGGCCGGCACGCCUUCCCCGACGGGUUUUGUCAUGAAUUUGCAGCCUUCGGAAGCAGAGGCUGGUUUUGAUAUCCGAAUACCACCAAUGGCUAAUCUAGAGUCGUUGGAGAAACGGAUAGCAGAGGAAUGGGCUCCUACUUCACGAAACAUGUCAUUUGAGUUUAGGGGAAAGGGAAUUCCGCAUGAUGACCAGGGAAGGCCACUUGUGACAGCAACUGACAGCUCUAAUCCAUGGUGGGCUCUGUUGGAAGAAGCUAUCAUGAAAACAAAUGGAAAAAUAGGAAAGCCCGAGAUAUUUCCUGCCUCGACAGAUGCUCGUAAUUUUCGACUAGUAGGCCUGCAUGCUAUUGGUUUCUCGCCUAUGGCUAACACUCCCAUUUUGCUUCAUGACCAUAACGAGUUUCUAAACCAUGCCGAGUACUUGCGAGGAAUUGAUGUAUACGUGUCUGUAAUUAAAGCUUAUGCGUCAUAUAUCCCACCCAGAAGACACGAAGAUUCACGAGACGAGUUGUAAGGUACCAGCAUACCGUAAGCGGAGUGGAGAUUGGGGUAUCUCCUCGUAAUGUAUAAAUAGCAAGGAAAGCAAUUUGUGUUUUUUUUUUCAGUCCUCAAAGUAUUAAUAUCAUAUCA